GUUUACAUCCAGGAAGGGAUUGGUCAGUCACCUGUGCCAGGUACCUGGGGGACCCUGAGCCCAGCGGUAUAAAGGGCAGCCACGGGAGAAGUAGCACAGCCUCUCCCAGCCCCAGCAAGCCACCCGUCAGGCUCCCGUGAACUCCGACCCUGGAGAUGAAGGCCUUGCUCCUAGCUGUCAGCCUCAGCCUCAUUGCUGCCCUGCAGGCCCACCAUCUCCUGGCCUCAGAUGAGGAGAUUCAGGAUGCGUCAGGGACAUGGUAUCUAAAGGCCAUGACAGUGGACAGGGAGCUUCCUGAGAUGAAUCUGGAAUUGGUGACACCCAUGACCCUCAGGACCCUGGAAGGGGGCAACCUGGAAGCCAAGGUCACCAUGCUGAUAAGUGGUCAGUGCCAGGAGAUGAAGGUCAUCCUGGAGAAAACUGACGAGCCGGGAAAAUACACGGCUGAUUGGGGCGAGCAUGUGAUGUACAUCAUCAGGUCGCACCUGAAGGACCUAAUCCUUUACUGUGAGGGCGAGCUGCUCGGGAAGUCAAUCAGAGUGGUGGAGCUCGUGGGGAGAGACCCCGAGAACAACCCGGAAGCCUUGGAGGACUUUGAGAAGGCCGCAGGAGCCCGUGGGCUCAGCACAGAGAACAUCCUCAUCCUCAGGCAGAGUGAAACCUGCUCCCCAGGGAGCGAUUAGGGGCAGAGGGCACCUUCGCUCCUCAGCAGCCCAAGGACGGCACCACCCAGCACCUCCGUCAUUCACAGGGACAUGGAGAAAGCUCCCUCGCCCCUGCAGAACCCGGGCGGCUGCACCCCUUCUUACCAGCCCCCCAUUCCUCCCACUCUGUGUCCCCCUCUUAGUUCUCGAUAAAGAGCU